UACUUCGGCCAAACAAACAUUUUACAAUCCAACUGCAUAACCGUUCACCUACACGCAGUCGCUUGAAUCACUGUAUUCUCUAUAGCUAAAGCCUUGCCAGCUUCCAGUCCCAGUACAGAAUCCAAGGUGGACGGAUUCUACAAAUGGACCCUUCGCACAUAACAAUCACACAAGCUUUCGCUUUAAUUUAAGUAAUUCCUCCAAGUUCCCGACAACCAACUGGCGGCGGAGAGCGACAUCAGAUCGUGCGAACACUACGGGCAUUCAAACGCAGCUAAGAGGAUCGCCUUCGUAAAAAAGGUAGCUCGGACCUCUCUCACAAUGGGAGUGAAAGAUCGCCCUCAGUGCUACUUUGAUGUGGAAAUCAACAGGGAGCCAGUUGGACGCAUUGUGUUUCAGCUUUUUUCAGAUGUUUGUCCCAAGACAAGUAAAAAUUUUCUUUGCUUGUGCACCGGUGAAAAAGGAACUGGAAAAACCACAGGGAAAAAACUGUGUUAUAAAGGCUCCACGUUCCAUCGAGUAGUAAAGAGCUUCAUGAUCCAGGGAGGGGAUUUCACAGAAGGUAACGGAAGAGGAGGGGAGUCGAUAUAUGGUGGCUACUUUGAAGAUGAGAACUUUAUUCUCAAACACGACAGAGCGUUCCUUUUGUCAAUGGCCAACCGAGGCAAAGACACGAACGGUUCCCAGUUCUUCAUCACCACAAAGACGGCACCACAUCUGGAUGGAGUUCACGUGGUCUUUGGUCUGGUUAUCUCUGGGUUCGAGGUGGUAAAGCAAAUCGAGAGCCUGAAGACGGACACAGCCAGCAGACCGUAUGCUGAUGUGAGGGUGAUCGACUGCGGACAGUUGAUAACAAAAUCGGCCAAUGACGUGCUUGGAGCCAAGAGGAGAAGAACAUCACAUUCAGCUGACUCUUCCCUUAGCUCUUCGGACUCCUCUACCUGCUCCUCUUCUACCUCAGAGUCGGACAGUGAAUCAGAGGAAAGGUACAGGCGUCGCAAACGGAAGAGAAUGACCAAGAGCAAGCGCUCAAAGAAGAGAAGGAAAGAGGUCAAGAAGAAGGAGAGUAGGAACAGAAGGCCGCCAUCUAGUCAAAGAAGCUGUCCUGAGGAAGAGACUGCUGAUGAGGACAAAGACAAGGACCAGAACAUGAAGCGAGAAAAGCCUGUAGUUCGGCCAGAAGAGAUCCCGCCUGUACCGGAGAAUCGUUUCCUACUCCGACGGGACAUGCCAGCUCAGGAGGAGAAUCCUGAGACAACCCAGCAAGAGUCCUCGUCCGUUCCAAAUGACCUCAAGCCAGCAGUCACAAAAUCUGGACGGAAAAUCAAAGGCCGUGGAACAAUGAGGUAUCACACUCCUCCUCGCUCGAAGUCCCAUUCAGAGUCUGAGGAAGACAGAGGGAGCAGUGAAACUCCACCUCACUGGAAAGAGGAGAUGCAGAAAACCAAGACCUAUCAUCCACCCAGUGUGGAGAAAUGGAGUAAAGGAGACAAAUUGAAUGACCAUUAUUCAAGCAGAUGGGACAACAGAAGUGUCUCUCCGCGGUCCAGGUCCUGGUCACAGGAGUACUCCUCUGGCCACAGCUCCAGGAGAUCCAGCCAGCACCGCCGACACAAGAAAGAGAAGAAGAAGGCCAAGCACAAGAAGAAGUCCAAAAAACAGAAGCAUUCAAAGCGGCGUAAAGUACCUAAGAGUAAACUCAAAGAGUCUCCUCUCUCUGAGGGUGAGAUGUCUGUCUCGUCUGACAGAAGAUCAAAGCUGUCCAGCCACCGUGAGGGAAGGUCUCGUUCCUCCUCAACCUCCAGACGUUCCUCCAGGAGAGAAUGGUCAGGGUCAGACAAAGAGCGCCAUUCCUCCCACUCCUCUAGAGACUCCCGCUCCUACACUCGAACUAAAAGCCGGUCCUAUUCUCUGAGUCGAUCGAGGUCACGAGGAAGAUCAAGGUCCUCUUCCGGCUCCAGGAGUCUGUCACGGUCACGGUCGCGAUCACGGUCAAGGUCAAGGUCGAGGUCACGGUCCAGGUCUCGGUCAAGGUCCCGUAAAAGAAACAUAUCAAGAUCCCCUAGACAAACAAAGUUAAGCGAGAGCGUCAAACCAAAACUAGAAGCCUCAGUUCAGAUGGCAGUUAAAGGUGAAAGUAAGCUGGUACCAGCGGCAGCAGAGAAUGUCCCGGUGUUACCUUUGAGUGACAGCCCCCCGCCAUCCAGGUGGAAACCUGGGCAGAAGCCUUGGAAACCCUCCUACGUCCGUAUCCAGGAAAUCAAAGCAAAGACCAUACCAUCUCCUCUCCCUCAGAUAAGCCAUGCUGUCAGCAGGGUUUUGGAGAGCGAACGCGCAUCCUCGCGGCACAGCCGUCGCGACACUGACAGCGAGAGCGAGGACUCCGAGCAGUACAGUCAUAAGAGCCGAAAACGAUCGAGACCGUCCCGCAGCAGGUCCUCCAGAAGCAGGUCCUACAGCAGGUCAUACAGCCGCUCCAGGUCACGGUCCUCAGCCAAGUACCGUAGCCGCUCUUCAUCCUACAGCAGGUCAGACUCCUACGAUUCACACCGGGGACGAGACAUCAAGAAGAAACACAACUCGGGUGAAAAGAAAGGGAAAAAAUACCGUAGCGUGCACAGGAGAAGUCCAGAUGCUGAAGUUGUUGACAAAUAUUUGAAGGCCAGUAAAGUACAUAAAGUUAGAAAGCAAAAGCGCACCCCACCAUCCUGUUCAGAGGGUGCCACUGACAGUGAAAGCAGCCCAAUUGACAGACACAGACAGAAUAAUACCGACUCUAAAGUGGUAAAAGGUAAAUUUGGCUCCCUAUCCGAAACUGCCAGCCUUCAAGCCUCUGAUGUAAAGUAUGAUAAACCAAGCAAGGUGUUGUCGUCGGAACAUAACAGUAAAUCUGGAUGGGACAGCGACAGUGAUAAGUCCAGAAAAAAGACCAGCUUGAGUAACCGGUCCAUUGAGAACCAUAAGCCUGAAGUUAAGACUGAUGAAAAAGGUGGAGAUAAAAAGUCAACACCUUUUAGUAGAUGGGACUCGGAUAGCGAUUUUGAGGGAGUAGUGAAAAAGCCUGCUGCAGCCGACUCAAAACACUCGUCCGGCAAAGAGGAAGGUGAGGCCAGCUCUGAGUCGGAAAGCGAAGGCCGUGCGUCACUGCACAGCAAAACGAGCAAAAUCACACGUGAUGCGUCCUCUGUAAAUUCAGACAUGGAUCCGAAGACGACUUCCAAGAGUGUGCCUGGGUUUGAGUUAAGUGCUGAUAAAGGUGCAGAAUGUGAAAGACACAAAUCAAAGAAGAAAGCAAAACGGAAACACAAGCACAAGAAGAAAAGCUCCUCAAAAGCAGGCCUCCACCGAUCAAAAUCCAAGUCCAAAAUGAAAAAGUCCAAGAAAAAACAGCAAAAACCCAAAGGAACAUUCCACUGGCAGCCACCUCUUGAAUUUGGUGAGGAGGAGGAGGAAGAGGAAGCUUCUGUCCAGGAGAAACAGGUUAACCUCAAACAAGUGGGGGCAGUAAAUGAAAGUCCUUUAAAAGUAGUCAGAGGAAGGACUCCUAAAUCCCAAGGUAUGGAAAAUGAGGUCAAAACAGGAAAAAAUCACAAAUCACCCAAAGGCAGUAGCACGUUACAGGUGGUGUCUCACUGUGUGGAAGACAUCAUGGAAACCACCAGAAAGGGGCAGAAGUCAAAGCAAACUGCUGUUGCAAAUCCAGCUCCAGCUGAACACACACAGGUUACCCUUAGUAAAACUGACAGCAUGGCGGAGUUACCAAAGAUUCCAGACCAACUGGAACCACCAGAUGAUUGUAUGGAGAUAUGCACUCCUGAACAUGACUUCCCUGAAACAACAAAUGAACCAGCAGUUCCUCACGUGAUGCCUGAACCAUCACAAAAUACACCCUCAAGUAUGGAUCCCAAGGAGGGUCCAGUAAAAAAUGGAAAUUCUUUGCCGUCACCACUUACUGAAAAGCAGCCAGCUGCGACAGCUCCCACUUUGAUGCCUAAUUGUAGAUCAGGUGAAGAAGCAGCCACAAGCAAAGCUCCAGGAGUCACCAUUGACCCCAGAUGGAAACCCCUGAGUGGUAUCGCUGGUCUGCAGGCGGUGAAUGUAAACUCUGUGAGUACAAAAAAUACUGAACCUCAGGAGCAGGGUGAGAGCAAAGUCCAAGGCCUCAGGAUUGAGAUCAAAAGCAAAAGCAGAGUCAGGCCGGGUUCCCUGUUUGAUGAGGUCCGAAAGACAGCCAGGCUGAAUCAGAGACCCAGGAACCAGGAAAGCUCCAGCGAGGACAGGUCUCCGUCAGCUGGAGACAAAGGCAAGUCACUCAGCCGCAGCAGGUCAAGGAGCAAGUCCCAUUCUGCCUCGAGCGCCAGGUCCAGGUCCAGAAGCAGAUCACACUCCUACAGCCGUUCCAGAUCCAGGAGUUCCAGUUCCUCCUACAGGAGCUACAGCAGGAGUCGCAGUCGGAGGAGAUACAGCAGGGGGCGCUCUCGCACUCGCAGUAGCACCUACCGCAGCUACCGCAGUCACAGCCGGACAUACAGUAGAAGUCAUUCCAGAAGCCGAUCCUAUGAUCGCCGCAGAAGGUCCAGGUCGUACACGUAUGACAGCUACACUAGCCGUAGCUGGAGCAGGAGCAGCAGGCGGAGGCGAAGCAAAAGUUACAGGAGCUCUGACCGCGGAUCCAGGUCGUACCGAUCUUACAGCGUGAGCGACCGCAGUUACUCCAGACACCGAAGUCACAGUCGAAGCAGCAGAUACAGCUGAGGAGUGUCUGGGGGGAGGGACCCAGUGUUUCAGUGUACUGAUGUUGCCUGUGCAACAACAUUUGUCAAUAUAAUGGUGAAAAUUCUUGUAUUGCAACACCUUGAAGAUGUCACAAUAUUAAACAUUUUGUAAGAUGAACUGCUUACACUUUGAGAAGGCAGAGUAAUAAUUUUGUAAAU